AUGCGACCAGUGUUCAUACACUGGAAUUUUUUGAACCAAAAGCAUGAUGCCAGCUCUUUCAAUACAUGUCAUCCCAAACUUCCGUUUCCCAUACUUGAUUUUCCAUUUCAUUGCUUGCUAGGGGAAAAAACGAGAGUUAUGGUGGGUAUUGAUGAGAGCGAUGAGAGUUUCUAUGCUCUUGAAUGGGCCGUCAAUAACCUUUUCAAUGGCCUGAUCGGUGCGUCACCAGGUGUAGCUGGUGGGGAACCAAGCUUGCUCACCUUGGUUCAUGUACAGCAACCUCCCAAGCACUAUGGCGUCGCCCCUUCUGCCUUCCCUGCUGGACCAGGAGUUGCAGCUUAUCCAUCAACUACACUGGUGAGGAAAUCCCAAGAACAAAUUUCAGCUGGUAUUCUCUCCCGUGCUUUAGAGAUAUGCAACAAGAAGAUCAAAACAAAAACUGUGACUCUUGAGGGAGAUCCAAAGGAUAUGAUAUGUGAAAUUAGUGAACAAAUGAAUGUCGACCUCCUUAUUGUUGGCUGCCGUGGCCUUGGAAAGAUUAAAAGAGUCUUCUUAGGAAGUGUAAGUGACUAUUGUGCACACCAUGCAAAAUGUCCAACUCUAAUUGUGAAGCCACCAAGGGAUCAGGCCAGCAAGUAAAAGCAAAG